AUGUCGUUCAACGGUCGAGCGACGGGGGCCCUGUCCCGCUCACUGCAGGCCAGGAGCGCCCUCCGGGGUGUCGUGGCGCUCGAGGGUACUCUUGUGCUCCUCUCAACUCGUCCAGGAGCAUACUUCGCGCAGACGCGCAGCAUCGCAUCGCGCGCCUUGGAUCCGAGCGCAAGGCCGACAGCUACCGUGCCAACCGGGCAUUCGCCCCGAUCUCAACGCCGCACCUACUCCCGCGACCCUCUCCAGGCCGAGCAUGAGGCCAACACGGUGAGGGGCAACCGGGCCGCCCGCGAAAGGCUGGCCAGAGAGACUGCCGAGCGGGCUCAGAAGGAACAGGGUUCCGAUAGCAACGGCAGCGGCAGCGGCGGCGCUGGCGCUGGCGCUGGCGGCGACGGGAGACGUCGACCCCUCGGGAGUCGCCUCUCGACUGCGUGGAAGUCGACGCCAACCAAGUGGUACCCGAUCCCGGUGCUCCUCGGAGCCGUCGUGCUCAUCGGCGUCCAGGCUCGCAAGGACUACGUGGCGGAGCAGGAGGGUCGCGGCGUCGGCCACAAGAUUGUCGACGAGAACGGCCAGGUGGUGCGCAUGUCCGGUCCCUGGACCGUCUACGUGAUCGGCGCGCUGCCCCUCAACGCCAUCAGCCGAGCCUGGGGCUGGGCCAACAACCUCACCCUGCCCGUGUGGUUCCGGCCAUUUGGCUUCCGGCUCUACGCUCGCAUCUUUGGCUGCAACCUCGACGAGAUGAAAGACCCGGACCUCACCCACUACGCGAGCCUUGGCGAGUUCUUCUACCGAGAGCUCAAGGAAGGCGCCCGCAAGAUUGACGAUUCGAUCCUGGUCUCGCCCGCAGACGGAACCGUGCUUCACUUUGGCGAGAUCAGCGGCCGGCGGGUCGAGCAGGUCAAGGGCAUCACCUACUCGCUCGACGCCCUGCUCGGCUCGACGUCGGAGCCUCAGACGACGGAGGAGGUGGUUCGCGCCGCCAAGCACGAGAAGAUCGACGAGCGCGAGUUUGCCAACGUCAACGGCAUCCAGUACAGCCUCGACAAGCUGCUCGGCGACGAAAAGGACAAGCCGGCCGAGCCCGAGAAGCCGCGCAAGAAGAGCAUCUUCCGGUUCAUCACGCCGUCCUACUGGAGAAAGUCCGUGGACAAGUCGAAGCAGACCUCCAACGUCACCGGCGUGCCGGCGCCUGUCGCCAGGGAGGAGGGCGAGGAGGCGCCCGAGGAGCGCACCGACCCCGCAUCGCAGAGGGAGGAAAAGAAGCAGGUCGACGAGGCGGGCAUGCCGACGCCGGAUACGCCCGAGGUGCUCGGGCGGUACGCCAACGUCGCCUACGAGAUGGGCUCGAGCGCGCUGCCGCCGCUGCUGCAGCCGCACUCGCCCGGCCGCGAGGGCGUCCGCGAGGGCCACAAGCUCUUCUUCUGCGUCAUCUACCUGGCGCCGGGCGACUACCAUCGCUUCCACAGCCCGACCAACUGGGUGGCCGAGCGACGCCGCCACUUCCGCGGCGAGCUCUACUCGGUCUCGCCCUACAUGGCCAACCGGCUUUCGAACCUGUUUGUGCUCAACGAGCGCGUGGCCCUGCUCGGGCGAUGGCGCCACGGCUUCUUUGGCAUGGUGCCGGUGGGUGCCACCAACGUGGGCUCGAUCCGCAUCAACUUUGACAAGGCGCUGCGCACCAACGUCCGCAAGCAGCGCUCGCUGGCGGGCACGUACUCGGAGGCGUCGUAUGGCGCGGCGAGCAUGCUGCUCGGAGGGCAGCCGCUCGGCGCCGGCGACGAGAUGGGCGGCUUCCUGCUCGGCAGCACCAUUGUGCUCGUGUUUGAGGCGCCCAACGAGUUCAAGUUUGACCUCGAGGCGGGCCAGAAGGUCAAGGUGGGCCAGCGGCUCGGCGAUCUUGACGAUCAGCAGCAGCAGACCGGGCCGCAGGAGGAGUCUGACAGGCCGAAGGGACGCCACGUUUGA